UUCUCUUCUUCAGCAACAAAUAUUGCUCACCAGUCGUCAUUUCUCCAGUUAAAAUAUGCGUCAUCUGUGGAUUUUCAGCCGGAGCGUUACCUCGCAACUGCGGAAUAUGAGGUUGCUGCAUGCCACAAUGCAGCGUUACAGAGCGCUACAUGUCACACAUCGCAAUAUCAGUGCAUGGGAUGUAAGGGAUUUGAUUGUCAAACUACCGGAUGUCAAAGGUGUCAAGUUUCCGAUUACAGAAUCGAGUGUGAGGCUACCGGAUGUUCCUCAACGGGACAUGGAUGUACAGAAAGACACGUAACUAAAUAUCUCUCCACUGAAUGUAAGGCAAUGUCAGAAUGUCACAAACCCAGAUAUCAAGACAUGGAAUGUCACGCAACUGACUAUCGGGGUAACAAUAGUCACGCAACUAGAUUUCAAGCUUCAGAUUCAGAAAGUGGAAAAGCUCAAAGACACGAUGGAUUGGCCUACGAUCACGGUGAAUUUCCCAAGAUAAUUUCGGUGCACUCUCUGCCUGAAACCCAGCCCACCAUGCAAGAAAAUGCCCAUAUUCUUAAUCCGAGUAAUGACAUUCGGUCCGAUUUCGCUAAAACGGGACUCGACUUGUCAAGUUCCGUUGCUAACCAAGCUUGUAAGAGAUGGACGUCUGUAUGCUCUGAAAACUCGACCACAGUAAACAAUGAAUGUACAAAACAACUAGGUCCCAAGACAUGCGUCAAUGUAGAAUGCCAUGAAAAUGAUGUUCUUAACAAGUCGACGUCGGAUUCUUUAUGCAACAUUAAGAGUGAAUCGAAAAUUGUUCAAUUCUCAACCGCGGAACAUGCGUCCAGCCAUCACUUAAUGACCAAGAUUCUCAAGAAUGACUCUCAAACCAGCGCAUCUCAGGGUGCUUGCGAUAUUGUUGCAAAUAGUCGUAACUUGGCACGAUCUCUGACGUUAUUUCUUUUGUCCCCCGAUAGACGCUGGUGGUGUUUAUUCACGCUGCCAGAUCCACGGCUUUCGGAGUUCCAUUCUCGUAAUUGUCAAAGUAAAAGUCUAUCUUAAUUUUGAUACUUUACCAAUAUGGUUUUCGUCUACGGCAGUUUUUGGUUUAAGAAAAAAUAGUUUUAUAAUUAUUCAUUGAUAAUUUUGUUCGGGGGUGAAGCAUUUCAACUCAGGGGAACUGAGUAAAUUUAAGAAAAAAUGAAAACAUGUAAAGGGCUUUAGACGUUUAUGGUUGACGUUUAACCACGGUGGUUCAAUAGGAUCCAAUAUAUAGCGCUGGUGUCCGACAGCAUUUUUCCCCACUCGCACCUUCCUUUUCCAUUAUUAUGACGUCAGACCCUUUUAGGUACGAAAUUGUGCAGUUUCUGAAAGUCUGUGGUACGAGUCAAUCUCGACCCAGAGCUCUUCUGCGCAUGUAGAGGAGAGAGAUCAUUUCCAAACCCGUAAGCACUGGGGUCGAGAAUGUGUACGAGUCAUCAGUAUUCCCCGACCUCACACCCUAGAUUUCCUCUUGAUUGUUCUGCGAUAACUGAAAAGUACUGCCUUUCAGUUUUUUUCAAAGCGCUAAAGCGAGUUUAAGAUACCACGACGGAUAAGUCCACGAAAACUUCGCUUAAAAAGUGAAUUUGCGUUCUUUCAAUCUCUAUCGUGAUUUUACUUUGUCAAAUACAAGCGAACUCUUUUUGAGCCGAAUUCCUAUUAGUAAGAUUUAGAACCAUAUUUGAGUUCAGAAAGAGAAAGAAAAUUUAAUCGUCGCUUGUUUACGUCCACCAAAAAACGUGAAAUUAGGCAUUUCCCCGUCGUAGUCGUGCAGUUACGGCAAAGAAAUGUACAAAUUAAAAGAAGCGUGAUGCACCUGUAGAGUUCUUGUUUUGCCUAUUCAACCAAUUGCUUUUUGACGUUCUUGUUGUCGUCUUCCUCGUGGCACCUUAAACGCCCUUAUAUUUUUCACAAGGAAAACAAACUUAUUUUGCACUGAAUCUCUUUCUAGAAAUUCUGCUUUAUAAACUAGCAUUGUACAGCUUGGCAAGUAAUGGCAACUCCCCCCCUGGCAAAGUUUCUUCUUAAAGCUGGGUGACUGGGUUUGAAUUUGCUCCAACCGGAAAGAGAUCACCAUUUAGGCUGAGUGAAAACGAAUGCAACAAACCCAACUAUAGGCUUAAGUAAACCUGAAGUAAAAAAAAAAAAGAUAGGUUGUGUGAGAAGCUUUCUUUUACUUGGAGGAUUUAAAAUUUACUUGUCUUGAAAUAUUUCUUAGCUUAUUUAGGUUCUAGUGUAAAGACUACUGUUGCGUGCGUUUGUACGUAGCUCAAAGUUUGACUGGUUUCAAACAUUGCGCAACAACUCCUAACAGCAUGCAUCAACAUACAACAGGGUGUGCAAACGGACGCAACAUGUAACAUCGUGAUCCAACAAUGUUGCGUCCGUUUGCACGAGGCUUUACUUUAGUUUUUCUUGAUGGGCCACUCUCCUCAAAGCCCUGUGAGGUUCUGCGAUACACGUAUUUCUAGUAAUUUUGUUUGUUUUUAGGUCCCAUUCGGUACUCCUACACCAUUACGUGUUAUCCAUGGAUCGCCAGAGAGUGAAAUCAAGACAACUGCUUCCACGGAAUGUGAGGGAAAAAAUUCCUGGACACAAAACCGCGAACAGUUAGUGAUGCUAAAGAAGAAAACUAUGAUUCAAAAUCGCAUUCAGAAAAUCAGCAAUGUUCAAAAUCGUUUGAUUAGCGAGGAUAGAAAACAGCAGACACUCCUAGUUAAGAAAACUGCGACACUUCAGAAAGAAAUCAAGCAUCUUUCUAAUGACGCAACGGAUAUCGAGGGUAGUGAAAACUUCAUUCGAGAAGGAAGUCCUCAGAAAACGACGCCCGUCAAAAUGUCAUCGCGACUACCAAAUAAGGAGUUGAAGCGCGAAACAAGAAAGAGUGAUGCAAAAUUCACUCAUCAAACUAGCGAAGUGGUAGCGAUGAACGCAAGAGAUAGCAUGAAAAAGUCUAUCAUUUCCGAGCAGGCAGAUGAAAAAUUAUCGAAGGAUGGCUAUCGUAUGAACUUAUUUGAAAAAAUGGAACUCUUGUAUGGAAAAAGUCGAACCUCGCCCCCAACUGGCCUAGCAAGUGAACUUACCAACUCCACAGUCGCCAAACUGCGAAAAUCUCGAACGUCGCACACAAAAUAUGGAAGUGUUUCCGAAGGACCCUCUAAGGGCAUCGCUGAGUGUAAUGCCUCUGUAUUUAGCGUGGUGUACUCUGGAGAUACCCAACAGCCAAAAGAUAGGCAAACCUUGGAUAAUUCUUCAGGCGACUUCUGUGAUAGGAUUACCGGGGAAAAGUUUGAGCAUUUGAGUUCAGAUAAAGUUAAGUUUAAAACAUUUUAUCCCGAACUGCCUAACAGUUGGUCAUCAGCCUUUAUCUCCGAGAGCCAGGUCGGGAAUAAAAUUAAAGCAAGCCGCGGAGAGCUAAAAAGAAAACAGGUUGACAUCCAUGCGUUCAACGUUGAUUCUCUCAAACGACGUUGUAAAACUUUGCCUCGAAAAGUUGUCAGGAAAGAUGUCCUAGAAGUGAAUUUCGACGUAACAAGUUGUCUGGAUGAUCUGUCGAUGUCGGAAAGGGAAAGAAAAGGUAAGCAGUGGAAAAAUUACUGUAUGAUUGCUUAUGAAAAUGUCAACAAAAUCACUUCGUUUUCCCGUCAUUUUGUGUAAACGCGCCAAUGAAAUUAUGCAACAAUAUGUUGCUGCCAGCAAAAUUAUAGGAUACGACUCUCAAAAUACCAGAGAUUUGACAGGCAUAGUUUUUUUAAUCCUUAAUACUGAGGUUUUAUGGUGGUUUCAUAGUAUUUUUUCCAUACAAAUCGUUACAAUUUUCCAUACGUUCUUAAAUGAUAGUCGUUUGCACGUGACGUGCGGCGGCCACGUCGGUGGUCAAGAACAAAAGCAUUUCUCCCCUCUAGGAACUAAACUCUAUUUUCAUGUAAAUUCUUCGAGAAAAAGUACUAUUGUAUUCACCCCCAACAUGGCCACUUUUUCACGUGGUUGCAAAGCAAGAAAUGUCAGUCACCACAAAAUUCUUUUUUUAGCUUAUCUUUCCAUCUCUGGGUGUUCUUCAAGUUGCAUCCCAUAAAUUUUAGAUUUAAAUUUUUUUUAGCUAAUCUUUCCAUCUCUGGGUGUUCUUCGAGCUGCAUCCCAUAAAUUUUGCUUGAGGAAGGUAAUGUUACUGCGAGCUUUAUUCAAAAGAUUUGAUAGGCUAUAUGUUCAAGGUGGAUUUUUCUCAGUAUUAAAAUAGAUGUGGUGAUUCCAAUCAAUGUUGCCAUUCACAAUGACCUAUACAGGAUUUUCUUUUCUUUUUACCAUCCAUCAUUUAUAAAAGAACCUGGGAGAUAGCUACUGCUUCACUCUAACAAGCAACACCGUGCAGUUCUUAUUCUUUGUGUCCACUGGGAAGCAGAUUGUGUACCGGCUUGCUUCCCAAAUGAAUUUUAGCAGCAUAUUUCUUUAUAAUUUGUUCUCGACUUACUUGCUCACUUCACCAAGCAAAAAUAGAGGCUGACUGCAAGGAAUGAGGAGAGGUGAGUUUUAGUAACCAAAAAAUUUCUGAUGGCAUUUGUUUCAUGUCAUUAACACCACCUUUUUUUUCCUUUAGAAUGCAGAUACAACCAGGAAAGUCUUUCACCUGAGACUGGAGAAACUAAGGAGAGAGAUGAAAUUAUUGUAGACUGCACUGAUGUCAACCUGUUAAUCAAACCUGGUUGUGAGUUCAACACCCCAAAAGUGUACGAGGAUGAAAUUUUACAGAGAAAUAUGGAGUUGCGAGAGAGCAAGAUUAGUGACCUUCUUCGUAAACAGAGAGGACUGUUGCAGUCCCUGGAAAAGAAGGCUACCAACAUGAUGAAGUCAGCUUAG